AUGUUCUUGCACGCGUGCACGCUCGCUCUUGCACUUCCGCUGUUCGUCGCCGCGGCGCCUCCAACGCCGCAGCCAAACGUAACUACAUUGACCACAAACCCGUUAGAUGCGAAUGGACAGACGUUCGACUAUAUUGUCGUCGGAGCCGGUUUAACCGGAAUGACUGUUGCGUCGCGCCUCUCCGAAGACCCAUCAAAGACGGUGCUUCUGAUUGAAGCGGGUCUUGACAAUCGUACGGACCCGGGUAUUUUUGACCUUAACUUGUACCCGUCGCUCUUUGGCACCUCUGUGGAUUGGGCAUGGCAAACGGAUCAGAAUAAAUCCUUGCAAGGGGGUAGGAUGCUUGGAGGUUCCUCAUCCUUUACGGCGUGUCAUUGGCUUCGGGGCAUGAAAGAUGGGUACGAUGCCAUCGGAUCGCUCAUUGACGGAGAGGAUUGGAGUUUCGACGCCCUGUUUCCUUAUAUGAAGAAAGCAGAGAAGUUCUUUAUCCCGACUCCUGACCAGAUCGCACUUGGAGCGGACUACGUCUAUGAUUACCAUGGUUACUCUGGACCUGUCCAGGUGACGUUCCCCCAGCAAAUCUAUACUGGACCUCAAGAACCCGCAUUCGUCAAAGCCAUCGAAAAUAUAACCGGCAUCGCCCACUGCCAGGAUUUCGAAGGAGGUUUCGAUAAUUGCGUAGGCUAUAUGCCGCGCACCUUCGACCCUGCAGCGAACUUCACGAAAUCGACUUCCGCUACAGCGUACCUUUCGCCUAUCGAAAAUCAGCGCCCGAACUGGCGUAUCCUCAUGGCGCACCAAGUCACGAAAAUCUUGUUAACCGGUGACGCACCGCAGGUCAAAGCCACAGGGGUAGAGUUCAAAGAUUGGAUGAACGUGGGAGAUACGUACAAGGCCUACGCGAACCGAGAAGUUAUUCUUGCCGCAGGAGCAAUUGGUACCCCUCAAUUGCUUCAGCUUUCCGGGAUUGGCGACUCCAAGAUCCUAAGUCCAUUGGGCAUUGAUGUUAUAAUCGAUCUGCCGACUGUCGGAAAACAAUUGCAGGAGCGCACAAGAAAUGAGCUGGCACGCAAUGUGUCAGCAUCGUUCAAUCCUGGCGGACCUGGUCCUGCGAACACUAUGUCUUACCCGUCGCUGAAGGAACUCUUCACUAAGGGCGGUGGAUCCAACGGAUCAGUCACGGGAGAGGAAGUGGCAGAUUACAUUACAGCAAUGUAUCCCAUCUGGGCGCAGAAAGAAGCUCAUAACGCAUUGAACGCAGACGCGUUGACCACAAUAUUCAAAGUUAAUGUUGACUUGAUGGUCAAUAGCAAUAUUCCAGCUGCCGAGUUGUUCUUCAAUACCCUUACAUUCGACAUAGGGCUCGAAAUAUGGCAAAUGAAUCCAUUCAGCCGCGGAAACGUCACGAUAACGAGCACCGAUGCCUUCGUUAGACCUCAAGUUAAUAUCAACUAUUUCGACAUCGAAGUCGAUCUCGCGAUCCAAACAGCAGCGGCACGCCUAGCUCGUCAAAUCUUCAAGAGUCCCAUUUUCGGCUCUAUCUUCGCUGCUGAAGAACUCCCUGGAACGGCCGCUGUGCCUGACGACGAUCUCGGCGGCACUGAUGCCGACUGGCAAGCGUGGAUCCUAGAGAACUACCUUCCCGUUGGUCAUUAUUUCGGGACUGCACCGAUGAUGCGUCGGAACUUGGGUGGCGUCGUUGAUGGCAAACUAUGUGUAUACGACACAUUAAACCUUCGAAUCGUUGACGGAAGUAUUAUUAGUCUACCGAUGACUGCUGCUCCUAUGAGCUCGCUCUACGGUAUGGCGGAGAAGGCCGCGGAUAUAAUCAAGUCAUUAGCAUGA